AUGGUGAAGGGCCUUUUAGGCCCCAUAGACAUAAACAUGAGGAAGAACCAUCACGACUCAAAAGCCAACAUUCACACACUCACUAUUCCACAAGUGAAGGAUUUCGUAGCAGCUGAAGUGCGUAUUGAUAAGGCGCUGGUAUGGAUUCGGUUCCCUAGUCUGGGCAUGGAAUACUAUGACGAGAGUGUCUUGCUUGCGUUGGCGACUGCUGUUGGAAGGCCAGUGAAGGUUGAUUUCAUGACUAUGAAUGCGACACGGGGCAAGUUCGCGAGGGUCUGCGUGGAGAUUGAUUUAAAUGAGCCAGUGGUGGGGAAGGUUUGGUUUAGAAAUGUCUGGUUCAAAAUUGAGUAUGAGGGUCUCCAUCUACUGUGUGCGAAGUGUGGUCGUUACGGGCAUGUGGCUCGCCAAUGUGCUGUUCAAGGUUUGGAUGGUGUAGAGACAGAGGGAGAGGUUCCUCGGGAGGCUCCGCCGGCAACUGACGUACAUUCACAUACUCAAACAGUGGAUUUCGAUGCUGAUGGGGUCCACGGGGAUUGGAUGGUGGUUACGAAAUUCAAACGGGGAGACAAAUCUAAAGGCGUUACAGGUGGCGAGAAUAAAUGGGGAUAUAAAGGAGGGGAUUCUCAAUUUAAGUUUAAAAAUAAUCCGUUCCAAGUAUUACGGAGAGAAAAGGAUACGAAUCAGGGGCCAAUGAAUGCUGAUUAUUUGAAUACAACAAUAUUUUCAGGUACCGAGAAUCAGGGAUCCACUCCUGAGCGGCACUUUGUGGAUCAUACCUCGAAAGUGUGGACAAAGAGUAAGGGUAAACGUUCGAGACAUGAGCCAGCGGAGUCAACGGAGGAGGGGUCGUCGUCGCAAACAAUGGCUAUGAAGAAAACUGUGAACUGUUUGAAGAAUCAAACGGUGUCUAUUCCCUUGACUAGUGCUCAUGCACACGUAAAAACUGGUAUGAAACCACUACAUACACACAUGCAACCACCAUACAGCUCGUAUGUACAAAGUUUUGGAGAUCCACCGCAACCUCAUAUUAUUCCGCAACAUGCACCGAGACCCCCUGAUGACGCUUUGCCAGCUGAUGGGGUUACAGUAGGUGAUGGAGUGGAUCACAAUUCUGACGGAGUUGCUUUGGAGGAAGAUAUGGACGUUGGAGAAGAUGUUGCGCCUCACCCUCAGAAGUAG